GAUAAAGAGCUGUUCUUCAGCCUGCUUUUCACGGGAGGUUUGUCUCCGUGCGGGCGUGUUGGUCUACGUCUGUUAGUACAGGCAAAGAGAAGAAGUGCAAUAGUUUGAAAUCCAGCCAAAUACACCCAGAUACUGCAGUUUUGCUUUCCAGAUAAAUGAAUUCACAGGACCAAUCCGGUUCAGACAGAGAAAUUUCCAUAAGUUACCAGAUAAAUUGUCCAAACUGCGAGAAGCUGCAGACGCCGUCUGAGAAGCUCCCGAGACACUUGUGUCGCAGCCAGGUGUACGGAGACGAAGACAAAGACAAAGACAAAGACGAGGUCAAAGUGCAGUCCCUGCCGACCGCUGACAUCUGCACUGCACCAAGACUUCUGGGGAGAACCUGUCUGAAUCGCCGAACGAUGAGUGACGCCGCAUCCAGUGCAACAGGGGAGCGCGUGCGCACGACCGUCUUCCAACAGGAGCGCAACACCAGCAUCACCUACCGCAUCCCGUCACUCCUCCGCCUACCAGAAGGGGGCACCCUGCUGGCCUUCGCCGAGAAGAGGGCCACCGCGAGGGACACGGACGCCCUGUGGCUGGCGAUGAGACGGGGACAAGUGUCCAACGACUCCAUCCAGUGGUCACCAAUGGAGGAGUUGCAGGACGCCACCCUGAAAUGCCACCGCGCCAUGAACCCCUGCCCUGUGUACGAGAAGGAUUCCAGAACUCUCUUCCUUUUCUUCAUCUGUGUUCCGAAAGGGGUAACUGAGGGGGAGCAGCUCCAAAAAGGUAAAAACGCGGCCAAGCUCUGCUACAUUAAGAGUGCUGAUGGCGGCCGAAGUUGGAGCAGCGUCACGGACUUGACAGACAGUGUGAUUGGAGAAAAGGUCAAAGCCUGGGCCACGUUUGCCGUUGGACCGGGACACGGCAUCCAGACAGCGAGCGGGAAGCUGAUCAUUCCUGCCUAUGCCUACCACAUCGGCUCUUCUGUGCAGCCUCACCCUCACGCCUUCUACUUCUACAGCAGCGACAGCGGCGAGACAUGGCACAUCGGCGACACCGUUGACAUGUGGUCGUGUGAGUGCGUGAUGGCCGAGGUGGUGGACCAGGAGAAAAAGGGACAUGUUUACUGCAACGCCCGAAACCAGUCUGGCCACAGGGUGGAGGCUCUGGGCCACAGCCACGACACUGGAUUUAGUAAGUCUGCUUUAGCUCUGAAACUGGUGGAGCAGAAUGGGGGCUGCCAAGGCACCGUCAUAGGGUUUCCUGCACCCAAGUCCUACCUGGAGAAGCACAGCAACGCGGACUCACUCACAUGGCUGCUGUUCUCUCACCCCACUGAUGAGGGGAGCAGGAGGAACCUGGGCGUGUACCUGAACAAGAGGCCACUGCAAGGGUCCAACUGGGAGGAGCCUUGGAUCAUCAACCGCGGCCCCAGCGGCUACUCGGACCUGGUGUACUGCGAGGACAAGGAGCUGUUCGUCUGCUUGAUGGAGUGCGGUGAGAAGAGCGAAGUCGAGCAGAUCGCCUCCGUGUGUUUCUCCCUCAGUGACGUCUUGGAGGCGACUGGGAAAAAAGCUGAGACUCAGUGACUUUUUAAUUUAAAUAAACCAUGACAAAAGCUUUCACUUCCAAAACAAUGAUUAAUAUAUACAGUAAUUAAAUGAAAACUACAGUACAGAUAGAGAAUGAAUGAGAUGAAUAAUGUUACAUCUACUUCAGGAGGAUGGAGUUAUUGAGUCUUACGGGUUCUCUUGUUUGCUCUUAUUUGUCUGAUUGUGAUCUGAAUCUCACCCCCUUGUGUAAAGACUGUUAUUAGCAGAGCCGAGUAACCGCAUGUAAACACCCAACAACAUGUUAUGAAAUCAUUUUCUCCUCCCUUAUUAUUUUUUUGAAUGACAAAAUCACAUAAAUACUUUCAUUUCAUGUUUUCUUUUGUGCCUUUCUGCGUUUGCUGUAACAGCAAGUAGAAAAAGCCUAUGGAUGAUACAGGUCAUUCAUAAGUGUAUGUUUUAUUGUUUCUUUAGAAAUAAGCGUAGCUAUAGCUGUACUUGCUUAAACAAAUCAAAGGGGAAUUGCUGGAGUGUGCUUACUUUUUUACAAUUUUCUAAGUAUUUACUCUUUAUUAUGAUUUACUUUGUUAUCCUUUAUUAUAUUCUUCAGCAUAUGGUUUUCAUUUAUGCCUUACCAUUUUACCCCAUUAUAUUUUACUUGUAUGCAUUCACUUUACUCUGGUGCAUAUAUAUAUCUGUGAUAUUACCUGCUGCAGAACGUUCUAGAGAGAAAACACCUGUUACUGGAAAAUUUCCCUUACUGGGAUCAGAUCCAGGAGACCUUGGAUGGUAUUUAUUUUGAGUACAAGUAGCGAGUUUUGGUUUGUAUAAAAACACGGUGAAGACGUGCAGGUGUGUGUGUCUGUGAUGGGUAACACUUGGUCAGAACUGAAAUAAACUGUGUUUAAGCAUGACUGUGCUUCUUCAUUGUGACUCAGAAAAACCACGAAU